AAUUGUGCUGCUAUUGAGGUUGACUUUUGGCCAAUCACAAUUUACCGUCUCAAAGAGAAGGGCACACGAUGGGCACUUCGAUGCCGGAACUGUGCUGGCAUGGUAAUAGUGUGAACAGGGUCCGGGAAUAUAUAUUGCCGUCUACAGUACUUCCGAUGUACCCGUCACGCCUCUCCCCAGAUGACUUCCUUGCCUACCUCUAGUAAACCCACUCUUGACCCUACCUCUGAACCUUUCUACGAGGCUCCCUUCCAGACUACGAUCACGGCAGGAACGGGCUGGGACAAGAAUCUAUACAAAAUUCUUCAUUCGAAAUCUCCCAUGCCAUAUUCCGCGUACAAGGAAAUAGUAUCCGCGUAUGCAGAGCUUCUACGCAUGCUCGAAACAUCGAAUGGCAGUCUUGUGGGACUUCAUUAUCGCUCGGAUCUCAAGCAGAUACUAUCCACUGCCGAAAAUUAUGUUCGCUACAGCGAGUGGGACGCAGAAAACACGAUCGGAGCAUUGUCCAGUUACGUUCAUUAUUCAAUCCCCCGCGGUCAAGAUACCGUGGACUUCUCGAAGUUCCGCCAUCAAUGUAAAAUCCUGGGUUCGAAAAUUGAGACCGAGAUUCUCCUGCUAAGAGAUGGAACUGGGCUCGAACAACAGUAUGAAAACUUCGAUAACAGGAGACUUCUUGGGUUCAUUACCCGUGUAUCCAAGAUCCUUGCUCAAGUAUCCAUCGUUGUAUUUACUUGUAUGAUCCUAUUGGCCGUUGUUUUACCCUGGCAUUGGAAUUUCAUUAUGUAUAAGGCUGGGUUUGCCUUGGCCAUUGGAGCACUAGCGUAUUUGGGAUUUGAUGUGUCCAAACGCAUGCAGAGAUAUGUUCUCGCUGUCCAAACACUGUACAUGCAUUAUUUUCUACUCAUCUGGGGCUGGAACGACAUCAAGGCGAUGUUAAACCGUAUAGCCGAAUCAGAGGGUCCGUUAUCUGGCAUGCAGGGUGUGCAUUCUUCCUUACAGGCUUUCCAACAAUCGUUUUUAGGGCAAGACGGAGAAUUACAGCGCCUGCAGAUGCAAAUCUCUGCUUCGCUAACAUAUGACACCGAGAAGUAGUCUGAAUGGUGUUGUGAUUAUGAUAGGAGUAUGUAUGAUCAAAGUUGUGUCGUCUGCGCAUGGUCUUCUUGGUCUUGAUAAUAUCGACUUGGUAAGAAGCAAACGACGGUGGCUGGCAGUUGCUGUUCUCAAGACACUUCAUAUCGAUGACUCGAUUCCCU